GGCACCACCAAGCCCUCUGACCACCAUCAGCAGGCAAGGCGGGUGAAGUGUCUUGCCCAAGGACACAAUGACUGAGACAGACAUAACGGAGGCUUAAACCGGCAACCCACCGGUUACAAGACGAACCCCCAGCACGGUUGCCCCAGGACAAUGUCCUGUGAUCCUUCAUUACGGUCUUAGGAAAAUUAAUUCUUACCUUCCUGUACUUGUGUAGAUCUAUCUUUCAUGUCCAUUUUCUUUGCUGCCAUUUGUCCUCUCUGCCCUUCUCAGAGCAGAGUCUGAGGAACGGCUGUAGGCUGUAUCAAGGACUUAUUUUGGUAGCAAGACCAGUUAGAAAAAAACUGCUCUGCUUUGAAUUCUUAAGUAUGUUUUAUCUUCAAUGUCUUCCGAGGGGAAAGUAGACAAUAGAUAGGCAUGAAAAUAGAUUUUUGCAUGGGUAACAUAAGCUAUGUUAAUGCAUCUGAAGCUAGAACUUGUUGAAUUCAUGCCUUGUGGAUCAGUCAGAGGCUAUUACCCAGCUAUGCUUGGUUUGUGCUGGCCUUUUCUGAAGGUGUCAUUAAAAUAAAGUAAUUGCUUCAGCCUUUCUUUAGCUUUGUGUUAAAACACUUCUGAAUGCACUAAACUAGCAAACUGCCUGAACUCCUGCUUAUUUACAGGUGCCCCCUUCCCUCUAGCUAAUGAGCAAUAAAUCAAGUACUGUUGAUAAGCCUCAUUGGGAUGCUACUUUCUGUCUUAAAUUUUAUGGAAGCAGAAAGGGAGUAAUUAGCUUUUCACACACUACUUUUCUGUUGUGAAUUAAUUUGUGUUUAAUAAAUAACAGCAUGGUUGAGCCAGUUGUGUGUUUGUGUAUAGUUAAUCUAAGUUUGAAGACAUUUAAAUAAAAGUCAUGUUUGAACCUGGUGAAGACAAGGUCUGUUUUGCUUUAGUUUUUUCUCAGGGUCACUGUCGUGCAUUAAAAUAUGUUAAAAAAAUAGACAUCAGUAUGAAGUAGAUCAGAAAACAAAUACAAUAACUUUCACUAUAAACUCACAGUACAUGGAAAAGCUUUGGCUUUUGAACAAAAUCCCUUGUAUAUCUAAUUUUUGCAUGUCCACAGUGCCAAUAUGGAGAACAUUUUCCAGUGUGAGCUGACUGUGAUCCAUCAGUCUGCUAAUCAUCUCUGCUAGCUAACUGCAAGCUGUGUUUACCAGGGGUGGAGUUGUUAGUUCUGCCAGUUUCAAACAUCCUGGUCACAAGAAUAUCAGCCUACCUACACACACACACACACACACACACACACGAACACAGUGGUAAACACUCAAGUCUGUUAAACAGAUGACACUUGAUGGACUUUGUUGUUAUUGGAAGACUUAACAUACUGUCUCGGUAAACACUCAUCAGUUCUUUCUUUGUGAUGAGAAAUUACCAUUUUAAUGUUGUUUUCACCAGCAGCUUUAAAAAUAACACAAGAAAAGUGAAGAAAUAUGUAAAUAAAAUGCAAAGGGAACAUCUUAGAUUGUUAGGUUGUAAAGAAGACACAAGCAGGUGUCAACCACAUGUUCCUUCAGUUUUACAUCAUUCUGUGAACAAACAAUUCAGCCAGUCAGCUGCUCUGGCUGCUUUUCAGCAUUUCCUUUGUGCAGCUCUGCAGCGGUGAUGAAAGUAUUCAUAUAAUCUGCCCUGAAUAUAACAAUGGAUCCAAAACCAAGGUAGGAGAUUUGCUCUUCUUCUUACUGAUAGUUGCAAUAACUUGUUUCUUUAUGUAAGCCAUAUUGCGCAGAAGGUAUUUAAAAGCUUAUAAAACCCAGGAAGAAAUUCUCUAAAACCAUAUUAUAGUUUCUUUAGGGAGGUAAAAUGAAAAUGCUCUUUUGUCUUGAAACAUUUUUGUGCUAGUAUCUUUUGUUUAAUGACUUAAAUACAGUGUCUUGGUGUUUACUUGUAAUUUAAUCCAUUUGUUCUGCAGAGAUUAAAAACUGGGAUUAAACAGAUACAUAAACAUUUCAAUAAAAAAAAAACAAUAAAAAACUGAAUAUUUAAUGAGGUGUCCUACAUUUUUUACAUGGCAGUAAAUAAUUUCAGAUACAAACAAUUUCAAUGCAUUAAAUAUAUAAAAAAAACAUUUGUUUGGACAGUGUUAGACUUCUCUGUGAAAGAUCAACAGGAGAAGGGCUGGUCUUCUUUCAGCAAUUACAAACUUACACAGUAUGCGUGAGAGUCUGAUCCACUGAAACCACAGCUGAUUAAACAGAGAAAUGUUUUCUUAAAGUGAAGCCAAGUGAGGAAGAGCCACUAUAUUCAAGGGUCAGUAGUGAUCUGUUUUAGUUUAGCUUAGGAAGCAACACGAAGAACUUGUUAAGUGCUUCAGGAAGUCUGAGAAAUAAGGAUGCUUCUAGCAAAAGACGUCAGGUGAAGAGUAUGUUCCAGAAAGAUGAUUCAGCUGUGGACAAAGGUCACAAUGACCGACAGCAGAUAGACUAUUCUGUUUUAUUUCUGAUUUGCUCACGAGGAAACACUGGUUAGAGUAGAUCUUAGGACAAAAAAACAUUGAAGUCAAGUUAGGGUAUACAUAAAGUAAAGGAUUUUCUAGUGGAAACAUAAUGGAUCUAUUAGACAGUCCUCCAUCUCAGCAGAGGAAGGAAAAGAGGAAUAUAUUUGGCCUGAAAGUGAAGAAGAAGAAGAAAGACGGCACCGACCUGGUCCUGGCAAACAAAGGAGCUGUGGACAAUGAGGUGGAGGCUUCCUCUGAAGCAUCUCUCCUACAGGAAGGGGAAAAUCCUGCGGCUCAGCCUCUCAUCAAAAGGAGAAUAAUAUCAAACACAAAGAGGGCCAAACUUCAAACUCACAUUCAGGACAGUGAAAGAAAACCAGAGAGCUUUCAGAUUUCCAUUAAUAUCACAGAAGCCAGGCAGCUUGUGGGGGAAAACAUAGACCCCAGUGUGGUGAUUGAGAUUGGUGAUGAGAAGAAACAGACUUCCGUCAAAGAAGGAACCAACGCUCCAUUUUACAAUGAGUAUUUCGUAUUCGAUUUCUUUGCCCAUAAAGACAUUUUCUUUGACAAAAUCAUCAAGCUGACGGUUGUUCAUGCAAAGAUGCUGAAGACAUUCUCUGUGGGGUCUUUUAAGCUGGACGUUUGGACUGUCUACAAGCAGCCAGGUCACCAGUUCAUUAAUAAGUGGGCAAUGUUGACCAAUCCUGGUGACAUUAGCACUGGUGUCAAAGGGUAUAUUAAAUGUGACAUCAGUGUCUCAGCAAAGGGUGAUGCCGUGCAGCCAGGACCAAAAACAAGCGAUGCUGAAGAACAGAUAGAAAAGAACCUCCUGAUUCCAGAGGGGCUUCCCUCUGAACGGCCGUGGGCCCGUUUCUGUGUGAAGGUGUACCGAGCUGAAGGCCUCCCUCGGAACAACUCCAGCAUUAUGGCCAAUGUCACAAAGGCCUUUAUAGGAGACAACACAGCACUCAUUGACCCAUAUGUUGAAGUCAGUUUCUUUAAACAAGUGGGUCGCACAUCCACUCAGAAAUCUUCAGCAGACCCAGUGUGGAACGAGCAGAUUGUCUUCACUGAAAUGUUUCCUCCAUUGUGUCAGAGAUUAAAGAUCCAGGUUUGGGAUGAGGGAAGCAUGAAUGAUGUUGCUAUAGGAACCCAUUACUUUGACCUAAGAUGUAUCUCCAAUGAACAAGAUGGUGACAAAGGGUUUUUACCAACGUUCGGCCCAGCUUGGAUUAACCUGUAUGGCUCAGCUCGAAACUUCUCUUUGGGUGAUGACAUGGGGGAACUUAAUGAGGGCAUUGGCGAGGGAGUUUCCUUCAGGGGAAGGGUCUAUUUAGAGCUGGCGGUGGAGAUCCUGUCUGGGGGCACAGGAACGGAUUCCAAACUCAGUUGGAUGAUCAAACCUGUGAAAGAUGCAAAAGCAGGGAGAGCUGGUGGGAAGGAUGCAAAGACUCCUGUAGGAGGAGCAGGAGGAGGGACAGGGGCAGCUGAGGAUGACAAAGGCAAAGCAGGGGCAUCAGAGGUCCUGCCUGUUGAUCCUCCUCCAGUGCCAGCUGAAGGUGACAGUGAGACCUUCCUGCUGUUUGGUUCAUUGUUUGAAGCCACAAUGAUUGACCGUAAGAUUGGAGACAGACCGAUCAGCUUUGAGUUCUCCAUAGGUAACCAUGGCAAUGUCUUGGAGUCUCCAGGCCAAGCCAGUAUAGCCAGUCCUGCAGUGUCUCGGAGGAGAAAAGCACUCGACAUCCCGGACACUAGUGAUGUGUUUGGCUCCUUCCCUCUCAUCCCCCUUCCCACUAGCCCAUCCUCACCCCUCCUAUCGAAAGAACCGUCUGACACAGGUGUAUCCUCUAAAUCUACUACACCUCCAGAGAGACCACUCAUCGUUGAAGGAAACAGACACUACAUGUAUUUGCCUCUGGAAAAGAAGAAGCCCUGUAUUAAUGUGAUGAGCUACUGGGAGGACAGAACCUACCGGCUGUACAACUCAAAUAUGCUGGAGAAUAUCGCCAUCCUGUUUGAGGAGGGUGUUUCUAUUGCUUCUGAGAUGCAUAAGAAGUUGGACCCAGCAGCUGAACCAACUUUAAGAUCUGCUCUCAGAGAUUUUUGUUUGGAUGCCAGGAAUUUCAUUGAUGUCGCCGAGGCCAAAUUGAAGGCAGAGCUGAAGAGCAGCAACCUGACACUGCUGGACAAGAAACGUUUGACUAUGUGCAAACAGGAGCUGGUGAGGCAAGAGAGUUUGAUAGGAGAGGCUGAUUCGCUGGGAGAUAGGAAAAGAGCAGCAGGAGUGAAAGAAAUGCUACAGGACGCAACUAAGCUAAUACAAAAACUAUGUUUUCUCGUGGAGGAGCCACAACACACAGUCCCAGACAUGUUUGUGUGGUUGCUUAGCAACAACAAACGUGUUGCAUACGCCAGAGUCCGAACCAGAGACCUGUUAUACUCCAGCAACCGGGAGGCAAGAGGAAUACUCUGUGGGAAGAUAGUAACACUGUAUCUGAAGCCUCCAGGGAAGCGGCCUGCAGGAUUCCAGGUUCAAGCCAAGCUGGAUGCGUAUCUGUGGUUUGGAGCUUGCUCAGACUCCAGCCAUAUGCUGGAUGACCUGUCUGCAGGAUACAGACCAGGCCCAGGGGGCACCGAGACCAACAGCCCUCCUUCAUACCUGCUUUGCCCAGAACCGCACAAAUUCCAGCUACGGUGCCACAUGUAUCAGGCUCGUGGCCUGAUUGCUGCAGACAACACGGGCCUUUCGGACCCAUUUGCCCGAGUCACAUUUCUCUCACACAGCCAAACCACCAAUAUCAUCAGUCAGACUCUCAGUCCUACAUGGAAUCAUUGUUUACAAAUGAGCCCACUUCUGCUAAGUGGAGACCUGCAGCACAUCCAGGAGGAGCCUCCACACGUUGUUGUCGAGGUGUACGAUGAUGAUGCUCUGGGAAAAGCAGAGUAUCUAGGAGCCACAGUGGCGGUCCCUGAAGUGCGCCUAGCUUCUGAACCCUACUUUCCCCCCACCUUGCAGUACAGCCCACUUCACUGUGGGAGCCAGUCAGGUGGAGACCUACUGGCUGCAUUCGAACUGCUGCAGAUUUCAAAAUCUGGCCAGCUGAUUCUGCCAGAUUUAGAAGAACAGGAAGGAGGUAUCUAUACUGUUCCUGCCAACAUCAGGCCUGUUCUCAGCACCUACAGGCUGGAGGUUUUGUUCUGGGGACUGAGGGAGCUGAAGAAGGUUCAGCUCCUUUCUGUUGAUCGGCCACAGGUGUUCAUAGAGUGUGCAGGUAAAACUCUCCGUUCCUCAGUCAUCCAGAAAUACAAGUCCAACCCAAACUUCACCACACUGUUAGAUGCCAUAGAGCUGGAGUUACCAGAAAAUGAACACCUCCACCCUCCUCUCAGUAUCACAGUUGUUGACUGGCGGGCCUUUGGCCGCAGUACACUGGUUGGAAACCACAUUAUCAACACCCUCAAAGCCUUCAAGUACACUCCACCACCUCAUGCAGUUCAACCACCUAAGGUCACGCAUACCCCAAGACCUUCCCUGACACCAGAGCCGCACGGAGCUGAAGGGCGGUCUCAGGAUGCUGUAGAGACCUGUUCAACUGUGGCCCUAACUAAUCAGGACUUUCUAAUUACUUUGGAGGAAGAAGCGCCACCUCCAGCUCCACUCACACAAAAACCAGAGGCGAAGAAGAAAAAGGAGAGCAGCUCAAAGAGCAUCCGCCGGUCCACUAAGAGGAGGAGACGGACCAUUGCUGAUGAAUCUGCAGAGUCUGUCAUUGACUGGUGGUCCAAAUACUAUGCAUCUGUAGAAAAACGGGACAAACUGAAGGACAGCUUUCAGUUACCCAGUGUAUUUGAGAAAGGUAAGAAAUACUCAUCUAUUGUUAAAAAGGAUGCAAUGUCCCAGUUUCUUUGUUGUAUGUUGCAAAGCCAAAAAUAUAUAAAACCUCCAGUCAAAGAAAACUUGCAUUCGGUACAUGAAAGAAGCUGCACUGUUUGUUUGACUGAUUUGUCCUUUACCAGAUAUUUUCCAUUGCUAUUUCAAAGUCAUGCAGAUGUUUCGGCCCACUGGUCUUCUUUAGAGCUGAAUGCUCCAUUUGUUACCAAGCCACAAUUCAUUCUCCCUUCUGCAAUGCUGGAUGGUAUUGAAAGGAUUGGAGAAAUCAAAGAACAUGAUCCUCACAGUGCUUCCAGGCUUCACCAGGUUGGUCAGAGCUUGGUGAAGGAGGUAGAUGAUGGCAUCAUCCACCCCGAUGCCAGGCAAUGUUUACAAAACACAUCCCACAGAGACCUACAGAGGAAGACCAUGGGACAGACCUAUGCAGGCAUCAGCAGCCAGUCAGAUGGAGACAAGAAGAAGAAACCAAAAGGAAAGGGGACACCGGAGCUCAACUCUAGCUUAUCUACUAAAAUAUCAACACUCCAGCUAUACAAUAAGGAACUGGAGGCACAGUUUGGUCCAUUUGAUGAUUGGGUUAGCACAUAUGAGCUGUUCAGGGGUAAGGCCAAUGAGGAGGAGAGAAUGUCUGAUGAGAGGUUUGUGGGGAAGUUUAAGGGUCGAUUCUGCCUCUAUAAGCUAAGUGAUGAUGAGGCAGGGGACAGGGAAGAUGUCAUCGAUACAGGCCACUACAGUGUGAACAGAGGAAUCCCCCAAAACGUUUCGGUGCAAGUCCUCAUCCGAGUUUACAUAGUCUCUGCAUCCAACCUGCAUCCAGCUGACCCAGAUGGGAAGGCCGACCCUUACAUCUUUCUUCGCCUUGGGAAAAAUGAAAUAAAAGACAGAGACAACUACAUACCAAAACAGCUGAACCCUGUUUUUGGAAGAUCCUUUGAGAUGCAGGCCACAUUUCCUCAGGAGUCUCUGCUGUCAUUGCUGAUUUAUGACUUUGACCUGGUAGGAGGUGACGACCUUAUUGGAGAGACUCGCAUUGAUCUGGAGAACCGAUUUUACAGCAAACACAGAGCCACAUGUGGACUCCCUGCUGAGUACAGUCUAGGGGGUUAUAAUGCCUGGAGAGACUGUCUGAAGCCAUCAGAACUGCUUUCAAAAGUGUGCAGGGACAAUGGUGUGGACGGCCCUCAUUUUAGUCCAGGGCGCAUCAUCGUGGCUAACAAAAUCUUCACAGGCAAGACGCUCUUCAUGCACGAAGAUGAGCCAGUGGAGUCGUUUGAGCACUUGUCGCUUAAGGUCCUGCACCGCUGGGCUGAGAUCCCAGUUGUGGGAUGCAAACUAGUACCAGAACACAUUGAGACCAGAACUCUGUACCACAAGGCUAGGCCUGGAAUGGAUCAGGGUCAGGUCCAGAUGUGGGUGGACAUGUUCCCAGUGGAUUUACCACAUCCAGGACCCCCAGUGGACAUUUCACCCAGAAAACCAAAAGGGUAUGAGCUGCGCAUUAUCAUCUGGAACACAGAAGAUGUGAUUCUAGAAGACACAAAUAUCCUGACGGGUCAACAGUCCAGUGAUAUCUACAUCAAAGGCUGGCUGAAAGGUCUAGAAAAUGACCGACAGGAAACUGACGUGCACUACAACUCUCUGACUGGAGAGGGAAACUUCAACUGGCGCUUUGUGUUCCCCUUCAGCUACCUGCCUGCUGAGAAGAUUCUGGUAGUGAAGAAGAAAGAUCACAUUUUCUCUCUGGAUAAAACAGAGCAGAAGCUCCCUGCCAUCCUCAUCCUGCAGGUCUGGGACUUUGAGACUCUCUCCUCAGAUGACUUCCUAGGCACGCUGGAGUUAGACCUCCAUGGAUUUCCCCAUGGAGCAAAAACAGCCAAGUGGUGUAAAGCUGACAUGUUGACAGAAGUGACAGACAGAAUCUCCAUCUUCCAGCAGAAGAGAGCUCGAGGCUGGUGGCCUUUCAGCAAGUCUGGAGAGCUCACGGGAAAAGUGGAGGCAGAGUUUCAUCUUGUGACAUCUGAAGAGGCUGAGAAGAACCCUGUUGGCAAAGCGAGGAAGGAGCCAGAACCGCUGCCAAAACCAAAUCGUCCCGACACUUCCUUCUCGUGGUUUGUGAACCCUUUCAAGUGUUUCUUCCACUUGGUGUGGCGGAACUACAAGAAGUACAUCAUCAUUGCCCUGGUUGUGCUGAUCACCGUGCUCUUCCUCGCCCUGCUGUUCUACACUCUGCCAGGAGCCAUCUCUCAGAAGAUUAUCGCAGGAUAACAUUGAAUUCAACAACAGUUUUGGAUGGAUUUUUAAAUGAUUAAUUAUUGUUUUUACCUUUCAUCUGACAACUCAAUAAUAUAAUGAAGACUAAGGCACAAAAUGCAUACACUUGUAAAAGCUAUAUACAAACAUACAUUUCAGCCCUGUCACUCUAACUUGUGUGACAUAAAGAUUUAAACUACUGGGCCCAUAUUCACAAAGAAACCUAAGACUAAAGGUGGCUCCUAGUGACGUCAUUAUAAGGAAAAUCUUAGAAUUUCACGAAAAGAUAAAAGUUAUUCACAAAGCAUCUUAGGCCUUAAGAGAACUCUUGAGAACAAAUACAUGAGCACAUAAACCUCUGUAAAAAUCAUAAAUUUAAUAAUAUAGAGAAAGGAUUAACCUUAUCAUCCCCCUAGGGGAAAAUGAAAUAGUUUUAUGUGGCAGGACAAAAUAAAGGUUCACCUCUAGUAAUGUAAUUUUAUGAUAAAUAAAUAAGAAACAUUAAUAAAUAACCAUAAAGGAAAAGUUUAAUUUACAGAAAAAAAUGUCAGUCAGUCAGUCAUUUUCUACCGCUUAUUCCAUAGUGGGUC